GCGGCAGUGUGCAAUCAAACGAACCGUAUUUUCUUCAUAUUCACUUCGAUCAAUCUCAAGAGGAAUCGAUUUGUAGAAUGCCACAGAGUGGAUCGACGAAAAAGCACGCACCAGAUCAGCUGGAAAUUGGUGGGCCCACUCCAAAAUCGCAGCGCAUCAAAAUGGGUAAAUCUUCGGACGACAAUGAGAAUAAGAACUUGAGUAAGAAACUCAAAGAGCUUGAAAUUAGUGUUCCGAUAGUGUACGGUAACGUUGCAUUUUGGCUUGGUAAGAAGGCGAGCGAGUUUCAGUCACACAAAUGGACGGUUUAUGUCCGCAGUGCGACGAAUGAGGAUCUGAGUAUAGUGAUUGAUCGUGCUGUUUUUCAACUGCAUUCGAGUUUUAAUAAUCCCAUGAGGGUUGUGGAGUCUCCACCUUUUGAGUUAUCGGAGUCUGGAUGGGGUGAAUUUGAAAUUGCCAUUACCCUUCACUUCCACAGCGAUGUUUGUGAUAAGCCAUUACAUUUAUAUCACCAUUUGAAGUUGUACCCAGAGGAUGAAUCUGGUCCCAUGUCCACUAAGAAACCUGUUACUGUGGAAGCAUAUGACGAAAUUGUUUUUACCGAGCCUUCAGAAAGUUUCUUUGCUCGUGUGCAGAAUCACCCAGCGGUUAUCGUUCCUAGACUACCUGCUGGUUUUAGUGUACCUGCUCCUGAGGAAGUGGAUAAAAGGAAGAGAGGUGACACCAAAGACAAUCCCUUGACCCCUUACUUCACAAAUUUCUCUGAGGCAGAUGAAUUAUUAAAGCUUGCUGCAGCUCGUCAGCAGGUGCAAGCUCAUAUUGCUAGACUCAGGAGGCAGUUGACUUUGAUAGAUGGACAGAAUCAGCAGUUGAAAUCUACCUCUGACCUCUGAAUGUACAUUAUAUUUUGCAUUAUUUAUGGAACUUUUUUUUUUUUGGUUAGUAUUUAUGGAACUUUACUCUUUACUGAGAGUUAUUGGCAGAAAUCUUUUUAUUUUAACUGGAUGAAAAUGUUACAAUGCUAUGUAUUUGCUCUAUACAAC